AUGUUGAUGAAUAUGCUGCAUGAUGCAGUAUCCGCUUCGCACUCAUCAAGACAAAUCAACCAUAUUGAACAUCAAAUCAUCACUACAACAUUACCAACCAUGAACGUCUCGGCUUCUCCCUCUGGCUCGCAGCCUUUCAUCAAGAGACCUACUUUAAGUCCUGCAUUCAAGAAGCCUAGCAGAUGGUAUCUCCCGCUCAUGGGCGCCAUAGCUCUUGGUUUCGGAGUCGCCAACUACUACGAAAACCAAGCCCGCCAGCCCCAGUUCGACCGUGAAGAAGAGGAACGUCUUCGAAAGAACCGGGCCCUGAUGGAUGCCUACGGCGACAAAGAAACAGUUCAGGAUAUCGAACGGGCGCUGGUCGUCUAUGACCUUCAGUAA